UGCUGCCAUUUAUGGCCUGAUUGCUCCUCCGUGGAACUGCUAUCUCCAAGGACAUCUGGGAGGAGGCCCCACGAGGCCUUGCACAAGAAGUCAGUUCCUGCCAACCAAGGCCUGGGGUGCCCACAAGUGCCCCCUUCCUGUAGUUCAUCUAGGAAUCCCAGCAGGAAAGGGUCCUGGCAGUCACUGUCCUGGCUGGCUGACAGGCUGCAUUGUUCAUCUCUUCUCCGUCCAGCCAGCAGGGAAGGUUCAGGAUGUUACCCACAACCCCUCGGACCCUGCAGCUGCAGGCUAACUGCCUGUGUCGCAUUCACUGAGGAUUCCUGACUUUGUAUGUGUCUUAGUCCCUGGACCAGCUCCACCUCACUGUACAGGACAGGGGUUAAGGACAAGCUUAACCCCUGCUCUAAGAAGUCCCAUGCACAGUGUGUGAUUAUAGUAGGUACCAGGGAAAGCCAGGACUGGGGCAUCCCUUACCAUCCUUGGGCCAGCCUUUGUCAGCUCAUGGCGUUCCUGUAGACUGCAAAUACUCUACCGAGCUACCCUUGUAUAAUAGGCCAGCAGACAGGCCCAGGUGAGACAAGCCCCAAGGUCACACUAAGAUAAGUCAUAGACAGAGCCUAGCCCCAUAUGACAAACUCUUCACAACUCUGACAUUCCUCCUGCCUCACCUGUGGGAAAGUGAACUUACGGGUUCGCCAGGACUUUCCUAUCACGGACCACCCAGCACAUGGCUUCUCAGGACAGUUUCAAAGAUGAAUAAGAGGCUAAAGACAGAGCUCAGCAGACUGGAGCUCUUGCCUAGUAUACAUGACAUUCCCGUGUUCAGUUUGGAGUACCGCAUAAACUAUGUGGCAGGGACGCCUAUAAUCCCAGCACUUGAGAGGCGGAGGCAGGAGGAUCAGAAGUUAUCCUCAGCUACAUAGCAAGUUCCGGCCAGCCUGGGCCACGUGAGACACCCCUCCCCACACACACACACACCCCAGAAUAGUUAGCAGAUGGCACAGCUUGAGUUACAGGUGCUGUGGAAGAGAGGACACCACAUGCUGACAUGGGACUUGUCCUGGUCCACAGAGGCAAGCUGUUGACCCUGGACUUGUCCUGAUCUGAUCCCCUAAGCAGAGAGGAGGAAGCUUGUGGACAUGUAUGUACUGGAUGGCCAUGUGCAGCCACUGAGUAGACUGUCCUGACAUCCUUGGCCUGCACCACGGUGGCGCUCUAGGCCCCCUUAGAGAAUCUUAGAGCCUUGCAGGUUACACAGCCUUCCUAGCCCUGGGACAUCCCAGCCUGGCCAUGUACCUGCAUAGCCACCUCCUUUCAACCUUGGUCCUAUUUAUGGCUGCACAAUCCCUAGGCAAGACCUGGGUGCCCAGCCACUGCAGAAGUCCCAUCGAAGCUGUGUGCAACUUCGUCUGUGACUGUGGAGACUGUUCAGAUGAAGCCCAGUGUGGUUUCCAUGGUGCUUCAACCACCCCGAGCAUGAGCAUCCCUUUCACCUGCAACUUUGAGCAGGACCCCUGUGGCUGGCAGGACAUCAGCACCUCAGGCUACAGCUGGCUUCGAGACCGGGCAGGGGCAGUGCUGGAUAAUCCUGGGCCUCGUUCUGACCAUACACAUGGCACUGACUUGGGCUGGUACAUGGCUGUGGGAACCCACAAUGGGAAGGAGGCAUCCACUGCGACUCUGCGUUCCCCCGUCAUGCGUGAGGCAGCUCCUACCUGUGAACUGAGGCUCUGGUACCACACAGCCUCUAGAGAUGUUGCUGAGCUGCGGCUGGAGCUGACCCAUGGUGUAGAGACACUGACCCUGUGGCAGAGCUCAGGACCCUGGGGUCCUGGCUGGCAGGAGCUGGCAGUGAACACCGGCCGUGUCCAGGGUGACUUCAAAGUGACAUUUUCUGCCACCCGAAAUGCCACACACAGGGGUGCUGUGGCCUUGGAUGAUGUGGAGUUCCGGGACUGUGGGCUACCCAGUCCUCAGGCCAGCUGCCCCCCGGGGCACCACCACUGCCAGAACAAGGCUUGUGUGGAGCCCCACCAGCUGUGUGACGGCGAAGACAACUGUGGAGACAGAUCUGAUGAAGACCCGCUCAUCUGCAGCCACCACAUGGCCACUGACUUUGAGACAGGCCUGGGACCGUGGAACCAGUUGGAGGGCUGGACCCGGAAUCACAGUGCUGGCAGCAUGGUGAGCCCUGCCUGGCCCCACCGAGAUCACAGCCGGAAUAGUGCAUAUGGCUUUUUCCUGGUCUCUAUGGCCAAGCCUGGCACCACUGCUGCCCUCUUCAGCCCUGAGUUCCAAGCCUCAGUCCCCUACAACUGUUCGCUCACCUUCUAUUACUACCUGCAUGGGUCUGAGGCCAGCCGCUUCCAGCUGUUCCUGCAGGCACAGGGGCUUAACACCCCCCAGGAUCCUGUCCUGCUGCGGAGCCACCAUGGAGAGCUGGGGACAGCCUGGGUCAGAGACCGUGUUGACAUUCAAAGUGCCCAUCCUUUCAGGAUCCUUCUAGCUGGGGAGACUGGUCCAGGAGGCAUCGUGGGCCUGGACGACCUCAUCAUGUCCAAUUACUGCAAACUUGUUCCAGAUGUGUCCACAAUGCAAUCAUGCUCUGGAUCUGAGGCAUUAGCCCUCUGUCCCCAGACAUCCAUGGAGGUGCCUCAGGAAGCCUGUGAGCCCGGACAUCUCUCCUGUGGAGAACUGUGUGUGCCCCUGGAGCAGCUGUGUGAUUUCCAGCAGCAAUGUGCAGAGGGCGAGGAUGAACAGAAGUGUGGCACCACAGACUUUGAGUCCGCCUCUGCUGGGGGCUGGGAGGACACGAGUAUAGGAAGGCUGCAGUGGCAACGGGUCGCAGCCCAGAACAGGAAACUUGCCAGGGAUGCUGACCGGGAUGUUCCUGGGCACUUCCUAUCUCUCCAGAAGGCCUGGGGGCAGCUCAGAUCUGAGGCCCGGGCUCUCACACCUGCCCUGGGCCCCUCAGGCCCUCGCUGUGAACUCCACAUGGCUUACAGUUUUCACAGUCAUCCCCAAGGCUUCUUGGCACUGGUUGUGGUGCAGAGCGGCUUCCGGGAGCUGGUGUGGCAGGCCCCAAGCAGCAGCAGCAAGGGCUGGACCGUGGAGAAGGUUCUUCUUGGGGCACGGCACCGGCCAUUCCAGCUAGAGUUGGUGGGUCUGGUGGACUUGGAUGGCCCUGGCCAGCAGUGGGCUGAGGUGGAUAAUGUGACCAUGAGAGACUGCAACCCCACAGUGACCACUGAGAGUGACCAAGAGGUCUCCUGUAACUUUGAACGGGACUCAUGCAGCUGGCACCCAGGCCACCUCACAGAUGCCCACUGGCACCGUGUAGAAAGCCAUGGUUCCAAGUACGACCACACCACUGGCCAAGGCUUUCUCAUGUUCCUGGAUCCCACGGACCCACCUGCUCGUGGACAAGGUGCCCUCUUACUCACAAGACCCCAGGUGCCGCUUGUCCCCAAGGAAUGUCUCAGCUUCUGGUACCACCUGUAUGGGCCCCAGAUUGGGACACUACGCCUGGCCAUGAAGAAGGAUGGGGAGGAAGACACACUACUGUGGUCCAGGUCAGGCACCCAUGGCAACCGCUGGCACCAGGCUUGGGUCACUCUUCACCAUCAGCUAGAGGCUAGCACCAAGUACCAGCUGCUGUUUGAAGGCCUCCGGGAUGGGUACCAUGGCACAAUGGCCCUGGAUGACAUGGCUGUACGGCCAGGCCCCUGCUGGGCCCCCAAGAGUUGUUCCUUUGAAGACUCUGACUGCGGCUUCUCUCCAGGGGGCUUGGGGCUGUGGAAGCGCCAGAGUAAUGCCUCAGGCCAUGCUCCUUGGGGUCCUUGGACAGACCACACCACAGAAACAGCCCAAGGGCACUACAUGGUGGUGGACACCAGCCCAAAUUUACUGCCCAAGGGUCAUGUGGCCUCUCUGACUUCAGAGGAGCACCAGCCCCUGACCCAGCCUGCCUGCCUGACUUUCUGGUACCAUCUGAGCCUCCAUAACCCAGGCACCCUGAGGGUACACCUGGAAGAGAGCACAAGGCGCCAGGAGCUCAGCAUCAGUGCCCAUGGUGGACUUGCCUGGCGUCUGGGCAGUGUGAAUGUGCAGGCUGGGCAGACUUGGAGGGUAGUGUUUGAGGCUGUGGCUGCAGGUGUGGAGCAUUCCUACAUGUCUCUGGACGACCUUCUCCUUCAAGACGGGCCCUGUGCUCAGCCAGGGUCCUGUGACUUUGAAUCCGGGCUGUGUGGGUGGAGCCACCUUGCUUGGCCCAGCCUAGGUGCAUACAGCUGGGACUGGAGCAGCGGAGUCACCCCAUCCCGCUACCCCAAACCCACAGUGGACCACACCCUGGGCACAGAGGCAGGCCACUUUGCUUUCUUUGAAACCAGCGUGCUAGGUCCUGGGGGCCAAAAAGCCUGGCUUCGCAGUGAGCCACUGCCAGCAACUACAGCCUCAUGCCUUCACUUCUGGUACUUCAUGGGCUUUCCUGAGCAUUUCUAUAAGGGUGAGUUGAGAGUGCUCCUGAGCAGUACCCAAGGCCAACUAGCUGUGUGGGCCCGGGGCGGGCACUUGCGGCACCAGUGGAUACAAGUCCAGAUCGAAGUGUCCAACUCUGAGGAGUUCCAGAUUGUUUUUGAAGCCACUCUGGGUGGCCAGCCAGCUCUGGGGCCCAUUGCCCUCGAUGACGUGGAGUACUUGGCAGGGCGGCACUGCCAGCAGCCUCCACCUAGCCAGGGUGAAAAGGCAGCACCUGUGUCUGUGCCUGUAGCUGUUGGGGGGGCCCUCCUCUUCUUCAUGUUCCUGGUGCUCCUGGGCCUUGGGGGUCGGCAUUGGCUACAGAAACAGCGCUGCCCCUUCCAGAGGAGUACAGAUACAGCAACCUCUGGUUUUGACAAUAUCCUCUUCAAUGCGGAUCAAGUUACCCUCCCGGAAUCCAUCACCAGCAGCUCAUAGACCAGACAAGGCCUGGCCCCAUGCCAACUCUCACAGCAUUCGACCCUCACAGAUACCCAAGCUUCUACAGCUCUUCCUCCAUCUGGUGGCUUUGCCCUCUGGUGUGAUCAAGGAUAGAGGGGUCCUUGCACUGUGAAUAAACAUUCUACACCAGUGAGGGCAA